GAUCAAAGAAAGAAGAUGGCGCCACUGAAAUUGUAUGGAAUGGUUGGCUCGACGAACACCCUCAGAGUGGCGGUGGCGCUCAACGAGCUCGGCCUCGACUACGAGUUCGUCUCCGUCCCACUCACCACCGGCGCCCACAAGAAGCCCGAGUAUCUCGCCAUUAAUCCAUUCGGCCACCUCCCAUCGCUCGAAGACGGAGACCUAAAGCUCUUCGAAUCGCGUGCGAUUAACAAGUACCUCGCUAACCAUUACAAAGGCUCUGGCCCGGAUCUGCUCAGAUCCGGAGUCAAGGCGGAAUCGGCGAAGGUGGAGGUGUGGCUUGAAAUAGAAUCGCAAGAGUUUAACCCACCGGCGUCUUCGAUUGUCUAUAAUGUACUGAUUAAGCGGUUGCUGAGCGGUGGAAGCCCGGAUGAGGACGUGGUGAAGGCGCAGGAAGUGAAACUCUCACAUGUGCUUGAUAUUUACGAGAAGCAGCUCGCCGAGACCAAGUAUCUAGCCGGCGAUGAGUUUACCCUAGCCGAUCUGAACCAUUUGCCCUACUUGUAUGGUUUGUCGAAGACGGCGAACGCCGGUCUUCUGACUUCGCGCCCCCAUGUUUCCGCUUGGUGGGAGAGUAUUUCGGCCCGGCCGUCGUGGAAGAAGGCCAUCGCCGGCAAUCCAUACUGAGUUUCAGCGGCGUUACGCUCGCCGGGGUCGGCAGAGGCUGCUUCCUUAGUGUUUGGUGAUUUGCCUGAGUGCGUCGUUUUCUUUGUUACUGAAAUAAAUCGAAGGGAAGUACUGCGA